AUGGCGAAGACACCUCCAGUCAAGUAUGGCAACGUUGACUAUGACGGCAAACCCAUUCUUUAUGUGGUCAAAGCAACGAAAACAUCUUACAUCAACUACAUGAAGGUGUUGAUGCUCGCAGAAGAGCUCAAGAUAGAUUACGACAUCUCCGUAGUCGUCACCAAGGAUGAGUGGUAUCAACCCAUUCAUCCAGAACGCUAUGUCCCAACCAUUCGAGACCGAUGUGCCGAGACUAAGCAGGAUCUCUAUGUCUUUGAGAGCACUGCUUGCCUGCAGUACUUGGCUGAUGUCUACGACAAAGAUGGAGAUUGGUGCGGUAGGAAUAUGAAGGAAAAGGGCGACAUCCUGUCCUGGAUCGCAUACCAGACUGCUGGACUCGRAGCAACUUCCAAAUACUGGCUGUACUUUUACGCUGUUCACGACGAGAAGCUGCCCAAGGCAAUCGACAAGCUCUAUGCCAACAAACUGAAGCAGUGGGAUAUUCUGGAGAAGCGUCUGUCACAGCCAGGCCAAGAAUACGUCGCAUUGAAAGACCGUCCCACGGUCGCCGACUUGGCUUAUCUCCCUUUCGCCAUGCCGUACAUGUUUGAGUUUAUGAAAGUCAAGAUUGAGGAUUGGCCGAAGAUCAAGGCGUGGUCGGAUCGGAUGCUGAGUCGUCCUGCUGUUCGUAAAGUGUUGGAUUUUGCUCCCACGAUAGGGAAUGAGGAAUAG